UGCUGGCUGGUGACACAGCGUAUCUCAUUGAUUUUAACGCAGGAAAAUGGACAGCAUGACUGUCCACACUCCCUGAAAGUUUUUGCAGAUAAUAAAAAAGAGAAAACAGUUUCUAACUUUUUUUCUCUGUUCCGGGCAGUGGCUGGUGCUUCUUGUUAUCUAGCAGAGCUACCUCUUGAUGAAAUCUGUCCAGCUUUCAUAAAGCCUUGCAUUUGAGUGAAGCAGAUAAUUCUUCUGUGUGCUUUUGUUGUGAACUGCUAUAGUCUCAUCCUCAUCAUACUUGCAACAUUUUUUCAGGCAAUGGAUAAUAUUUGGUCCUCGAACACUGACAUCUUUUUUGAUGUGCUAUCCCGGUUUCCAACAAAAUGUUUGCUUAAUCUAAGGUGUGUUUGCAAAGGAUGGUAUUGUCUUAUAUCUGAUCGUCUUUUCAUCAAGUUUCAGUCACAACAACGAGAACCACUAUUCGGAUUCUUCUUCCAGCAGAGGUACCAGUGGUGCUUAGAUGAUAUCAGAACUAUUAAUCAUAUCCCUGUUGAAUCUGAAGCUGGAUUGCAGCAGUCGGUAUUUAGUUUUCUCCCUGAAGAAGUUGUAGUGUUGGCAUCAUGCAAUGGGCUGGUUUGUUUGCGGAGUUGCUACCCCUUUAGAGAUCCUUUCAUCUAUGUAUGCAAUCCCUUGAACAAAGAAUGGAUCAGGCUGGGUUUGGCCAAAGCUGAUAAAGAAACCACCAUCGCUCUAGUUUUUGAUCCGAUUCGAGAACCUAUAGGCCAGUCAGCUAACUUUAAAUUGGUCCAAGUGCAACAGUAUGAGGCUGGAGAUGAGGAAUUUUUCUUCUCUUUUGACAUAUACUCUUCAGAUACUGGUGAUUGGAGGAAAUCAAAAGAGAUUUGUCAUUGCAAUGAUAGAUUGUACAAGAACAAAGGCACUCUUAUUGGAGGGAUCUUACAUUGGUUGACUGACGGUGAUGAAAUCCUCACAUUCAAUGUUGAAAAUGAGUUAUCCUGGCUGAUUUCAGUUCCAAUUUCUGCUGCAACACUGGAUAGUAUCCCUGAGGCAUGUAUUGGGGAAUAUGAUGGUAAGCUACAUUAUGUCAUGGUCUCUGAGAAUGGACUUCAUGUUUGGUGUUUAGAGGAUUAUUUUGAAUUCCAAUGGACGCUUAAACACUCAAAAACUCUUGAUGAACUGGAAGAAGAACAUCCAGAGUUCUUUUGCAACUUACGCGUGAGAGUGGGGCAGCGAAAAUUUUUCGAAUCAACCCCAUGGAUGGAUCCCUUGGCCUUCAAAGAUGGAUACUUAUUGAUGAGGGUGUGCUCCAACAUCUACCUUUAUCAUGUUGACACAAACAAGAUGAAGGAAGUCUGUGCACUGAAUGAGUUGGGUACUUAUUCUACUUUCAAUCCUAUUGUACUUCCAUAUUCUCUGAGUUUGGUUCCUUUAAAUUGGGCUUCGGGGAAAGGUAGACAACAGAGCUGAGUUUUUGCUUCUCUAGUCUUUAUCCCUUUUACUCUUUUCAUAAGCAUUAUAAAACUUCAGUUUAUGAUUGGCUUGAUAGCUAGCUGGCUAGGACAAAUACAAGCAGCUUUUGACGAAUGUUUUCUGUUUGCAAACAAUAUUAAAUUUGUUUUGGUUCAAAUUUCAUAUUAACUCCUGCUUGUUUGGUUA